AUGUUCAUUGAAUCUGAAGAUCCAGACAUAAUUUGCCUUUCGGAACACCAUUUAAGAGACUUUGAAUUUGAAGUUGCAUCUUUCUACGGAUAUAAUGGCAUCACAGCCUACUGUCGAAAAACUCUUCAUAAGGGAGGUGUAUGUAUUUAUGGUAAGUCUUCAAUCAAAUCUGAGGUAAUAGAUGUCUCACGUUUUUGUCUGGAAGGCAGGUGCGAGCUUGCUGCUGCCAGGUUUCACCUUAGUAACACCUCAUUUUUGAUAAUCACUGCUUAUAAGCCACAGCCUUUUUCCUCCUCAAUACAGGAGCACGAGACAUUUUACAGGUGUUUAUCAGAAUGUCUGGAAAAAAUUAUAAGUCCAGAUAUCAGAACCAUUGUUGUGGGCGACUUCAAUGUCGACUUGUCUGUGUCUGAUGGUAAAGUUGAUGACUUGAUUUACACCAUGGCUUCUCAUGACCUUGAAAAUAAGGUAAAAUCUUAUACCAGGGAAUUUAAAAACUCCAAGUCCCUGAUUGACCAUGUUUACACCGAUCUCCCUGAUGACGUUUGUAGUUGUUCCGUUUUAAUUACUGCAUUGUCCGAUCACCAUGCACUGGUGAUCAGUGUCAAACUACCCACUUCAAGUGACUCAAGUCAUCCUAAGUAUUAUCUCAAGCGAUCGUUUUCUGAUGAUAAUAUCCGUAUUUUCAAAUAUCUAAUUGGCAAAGAAACGUGGUCUAAUGUUUACGAGGCUGGAACUAUAAAUGAUAAAAUGCGUCUAUUCCAAUCUUCAAUCUCCUUUUAUUUUGAACAGGCUUUUCCUGAAAAGAAAAGAAGAGUUUGCAAAGGUGCCUCACGCAGCAAAGUGUCCUUGAGUGAUCACCAAUUGAAACUUAGAGAUAUGGUUCUCCAGUGGUAUUGCUUCACUAAAGAUUUGGAUUCUUCUGAUCUGAAGAGAAAGCAUUAUUUAUCAUUGAAGAGAGAAUACAGGUCUUGUGUUAGGCUUGUUAAGUCAUCUAAGGUGCUUGAUGUUAUACAAAAAUCUUCUAAUAAAGUCAAAACUAUGUGGGAGAUCGUUAAUGAAAGUAGAGGGAAGAAUCAGUCUCCAUGUAAUGUCCCCCGCACCGUCAAAGAUGACAAGGGAGUUGAUAUCAGUGAUCCAAAACUGGUCUCAAACAUGUUUAACAAAUUCUUUAUUGAUGUGUCUAAUAGUGCAUCAACCUCAUCCAGUAUUCCUCAUUCUUAUGUGCAGCCUGGAUUGUGUACAUCUUCAUUUUUCUUAUCACCAGUUACUAGGAGAGAGAUAACAGAUAUCAUCAGGUCUUUGAAGCCAAAGACGUCUUCUGGCUGCGACAGGAUAUCAUCUAAAUUGCUUAUGUCAUGUAGUGAAUGUUUUGUUGACCCACUCGUUCACCUUAUUAACUGUUCAUUCGAAGGUGGAGUUUUCCCAGAUUUGUUGAAGCUUUCUGUUGUGAAGCCCUUGCUCAAAAAAGGAAGAGAGGAUGAUCUCGAUAAUUUUAGACCAAUAUCUAUCACAUCAACGUUUUUCAAAGAUAUUUGA